AUGGCGCGACUAUCGAAGCAAAAAGCCUGCACGGCUUGCACGGAAUCCAAACGCCGCUGCGACAAGACUCUCCCGUCAUGUACCCGCUGCGACGAUCGGGACAUCGACUGCCACUACCCACCCACCAAGCGCCGACGGCAUCGGCUCCAUGAGACCGCCGGGACCCAAGAUCCAUCCGCGGCAGCUCCAACCUCCGCAGCGGUCGAUCUAUUCUCCCUCGACGCCGAUCCGCUGCUGCCCGUCGGACUGUGCAAUGCCCCGUGGAUCGACUUCAGCACUCUCCCGCCGGACCUGCCCACAAACCUCGCCUCAUACGUACCGUCAACAUCAACGAGUCCCGAAGAUGCAUACCGCUCCCAAAACAUCACCAACCCCCCUAUCAGCUCCCAAAACAAGACAAUCAUCGAUAGCCUAGCCCAAAGUAAGUGGUUCCUCGCCCCUUCAACAUGGCACAUCGACCGCCGUCCCAACCCGCAGCGAGACACCUACCCGACCUCGGUCCUCACAAACUUCACGCGCGGCCUGCAGACCUGGGUCAAGCGCUGGGUCCUCCACGGCCACAACCCCUUCAUCCACCGCAGCAUGUACGCGGAAGGAAACCACUUCCCCUCCGCCAUCCAAGACGCCCUCACCUCGGCCUCGCUCUACCACCACAAGACCCCCGACAACGAAGCCUUCGUCCACCGCAUCCUCGACGAGCGCGUCGCCGCCCUGAUGGCGUCCCAGCCCGUGGCCGACGAGACGACCCUCUGUGUUCCCUUGUUAGAGACGCGGGACCAUUUGGCGAGAGUCCAGGCCCUCUUCGUCUACACCAUCAUCCGCCUCUUCGACGGCUCCGUGACCCAGCGCACGGCAGCAGAAGCCCACCUCCCCACGCUGUCUCUCUGGUGCCGACAACUCUGGGACUCGGCCGUGUUGGAUGCCAACACCCUCUCCGCGGACCUCAUCCCGGGGUCAAAAUACUGCACUCCCUCCUCCUCCGGGCCGCAAGGUACUAGCGGCCAAGACACAUACGACUCGGACCUCGCCGUCUGGAACCUCUGGGUCCUCUCCGAGUCCGUCCGGCGAACGUGGCUCCUCGCGACGUGCACCAUCGGCGUCUACGCCACGCUCAAAGGGAACUGGUCAGAGUGUCCCGGCGGCGCUCUUUUCACGACCAGGGCAGGGUUAUGGGACGCGCCGUCGGCGCCGCGGUGGGCGGCUAUGUGUCGCGAGCUGGCAUCGUCGGGGGGGGAAGAGGACGUGUACGCGCGACUGAGGCCCGACGAAUGGGAUGCUGGGAGCUGUGGCAAGACGUUCUUUGUCCCGUCCUUUCGGUCUGACGGGCUGUUCUGCAACGCCGCGGCCGCCGAAGUUGACGAGUGCGCUAGGCACCUGUUCACUGUCAUCUGGGGCCUUGACAGGGUUGAGAGUUGGGCCUUGAGAACGGCUUCGGCGGGGGAGGUUUGUUUGACUUACUAG